AUGUCCAUUCGCUUAGGAUUCAGGCUUUUCUAUUGCCGGGGCAGGCUUGUGGCGCCGGGCAGGCUCCUAGGCCGUCGAAAUGGCGGGAAAGUGCUACGCAAGGCGCGGGGCUGGGGUACAGGCACGAGCGAGGGCUUGGAGGGCUUCUGGCAGUGGGCUGCGUUCUGUUUCGCCCGAAAGGCGGUGGGCGGUGGGGCACAGGGCGGCGAGGCUGUGUGGUACAUGACACCGCCGUGUGCCGUUGCACCAUGGACCCCGGGUGCAGUGCGCCGGUACGGCCCGGUGGCGGAGCAGGUGCUGCUCUUGGAGAACAUCUCCACGUCCAUUAAGAUAGGGCCGGAUCAGCUGCCGUCCGUACAUAAGCUCCUGGUGGAAGCGGCGCGGAUCCUGCAAAUGGAGGCGCCGGAGCUGUACGUACGGCAGCACCCUGUUCCCAACGCCUACACUCUGGCUAUUGCGGGCCACAAACCCUUCAUUGUCAUCCACACGGCGUUGCUGGAGCUGCUCACGCCGUACGAGCUGCAGGCGGUCCUGGCUCACGAGCUCGGUCACCUGAAGUGUGACCACGGUUUGUGGUUGACGGUGGCCAACGUGCUGGCUAGCGGCACUGUAUCCGUCCUUCCCGUGGUGACGGGAAUGGUGCAGGAGGCGCUCAUGCGGUGGCUGCGGGCGGCGGAGCUCACAUGCGACCGGGCGGCGCUGCUGGUGGCACAAGACUCAAAGGUGGUCAUCUCCGCACUCAUGAAGCUGGCCGGGGGGUCUCCCUCCUUCGCGUCGGAGCUUAACGUGGACGCGUUCCUGCAGCAGAGCCGCUCCUACGAAGAAGCCACCAGCAGCCUGCUGGGCUGGUACCUCCGCAAUGCGCAGACGGCAGCGCUGAGCCACCCGCUGCCGGUGAUGCGAGCUCGGGAGAUCGACAAGAUGUCAUGCAGGGGGCCAUGCAGGGGGCCAUACAUGGCCGCCGAUCCCCAUGCGGUGGCGUCUCGCUCCAUUUCCUCCUCUCAUUUCCCCCGUCUGAAUGUGUUGUUGUACCAGAUGGGGUUGGGGACGCAGAAGGGGGUCCUUGAAGAGCUGCGGAGGAGGAAAUGGGCUCCGCCUACCGUGUACCGGCAAACAUCGGAUGAUCGGAGGAGCUUUAGGGGCUCCGGCUCUAUGUUCUGCAACUUGGCCUGUUGCGCCUUCCUGCUCUUCCGCCCGGAGGACCCACGGCUGGAGGCGGCCGUCUACGUGUUAUGUGAGGGUCCGCUCGCCGCCGCCCUCAUUGCCUGGCAGUGCGCCUGGCUAAUGGUUUCACCCGACCAUGUCAUAAGUGUCCUCAUUCAUUUGAUGCCUGGAUUGGCGAUGUACUGCCACCGCUACCUCGCGUUUUCGCGCCAGCCGUUGCUGCUAGCUGGUCGUCUCGCUCGUGCGCUACUCGGGAAGGCUGACACUUGGGCCAUCGCAGCCUCCGGCGCAGCGGAAGUCGCUGGAAUCGGCUUUAAUGACAGCAGCAGCAACAACAACAACAACAACAACAACACUCAAUUAGCUUUAAGAAGCGUGAUCGCACUCCAGGGCCGCAGGUUAGCUGCGCUUGCGGCCAUUUCUCAGGGCCAGAUACCCUGCCCCAAGUGGGCUACUGCAUCGUCGCCGUCGUCGCCGGCAGUAGUGCACGAGGCGGCGGGCGGGCUGAACGAGGAGCCCGUGGCGCUCAGCGUCAAUGCUGUAAAAGCCGCCGUUACGCAUGAACUGGCUGGUUCAUGCUUUGCAGCCGCACCGCUGGCGUUCUACCUUGCAUGGCAGCUGAUCUACUUCCUGUUGGUUCAGGUCGCCUUUCGGCGUGUGAUCCUGUCCGGGGGCUACGAUACGAGUUACCGGGCGUUGGCACGGCGUGCGCAGCGCGCUAACAGCCCACUGAACAGUCUGGUGCGGCGCGGUAGCGUGGCGCGCCGGCUUUUCAUGUACGGUCUGCUGCAGUUUCUCUUCACGCUGGUGACUCAGGCUCUGGCGGUUACCACCUACCAUAGCUUCGUGGCGGCGACGGCGUGGCAGGUCGUCAAGUUCGUAGUGCCGUUGUACCUGGGGGCCUGCCACCAGUGCCAGCGGCUGCCGGUGCAGCAGCUACGAGCGGCGGCGGCGAGGCUGGGGGCGUUAGAGGCGCAAAAAGCGCCACCAAGAGCGGCCCAAGCUGCACGUCGCGGGAAAGGGAGGCAACUAUUGGAAGACAACCAGGAGCCUGAACAGGCUUUCGAAGUCGCCGCGACGACCGGUUGCGACUGUGUGGCAUCCUUAUCGACUUAA